UAACUAACUAGCAGAAUUUUUUUUUUUUUUUUUUUUCGGCUGUUCCGGUUGUCUUCCGCUCGUCCAGGCAGAGCUCUCUCCGCUUCCCCGUCUCAGGAGAGAACACGACUCAGUUUCGUCCCUGUUAGGGGCAGUUCACCCCAGAGACUACAGAGUACAGAGUACAGACAGACUGUGUAUGUAUCCCGCUAAUACAGAGCCCGCUGCUGAGCCGAGGGUAGUUAGACUUCCGUAUCUCUCCGUACUGGUUCGCACACCAGACUUUGUGAAUAUCCGAUAUCGUCACUUAUCGGCCUCGUGACUUCUGGGGAAUUAAGGGACAGGAAAUUGGUCCUGGAUGUAUUUAAUUUUCACUGCUUUCGCUCUCUUCUUUUGUUGGACUUGAUCCGAGACUUUGAACAUCUCCAACCGCUGAAUCCGACUUUCGACGAUAUCUUGAAGACACGCAACCCCAUAAUUUAGGCAAAAAAAAAAAGAAGAAAAAAAAAAAGAAGAGCAAUGUCUGCUAAAGGGGGCAAUGGCAAGAAGCCAGCCUCUCCGGCUGUAAACUUGAUCGCUGGUGGUGGUGCUGGUAUGAUGGAGGCUCUGGUCUGUCAUCCUCUAGAUACAAUCAAAGUCCGCAUGCAGCUUUCGCGGCGCGCCACCGCUCCAGGUGUAAAACCUCGGGGGUUUAUUACCACCGGAGUUGAAAUCGUGAAGAAGGAAACCGCGCUCGGCUUGUACAAGGGUCUCGGGGCGGUUCUCGGCGGUAUCAUCCCCAAGAUGGCCAUUCGGUUUACUUCCUAUGAGUCGUACAAGGGCAUGCUUGCAGACAAGGAGACUGGAGCCGUCACGAGCAAGGCUACUUUCCUGGCCGGUCUGGCUGCUGGUGUGACUGAAGCCGUGGCGGUGGUCAACCCAAUGGAAGUCGUCAAGAUUCGUCUGCAAGCGCAACACCACAGUUUGGCCGAUCCCCUGGAUACCCCCAAGUACCGCAGCGCCCCGCACGCGCUCUUCACCGUGAUCAGGGAGGAAGGGUUCAGCACCUUGUACCGCGGUGUUUCUCUCACCGCGCUCCGACAAGGAACCAACCAAGCCGCCAACUUCACCGCAUACACUGAGCUCAAGGCUUACCUGCAGCGCUCUCAGCCCGAAUACACCAACGCCCAGCUUCCUUCGUACCAGACCACCCUGAUCGGGUUGAUCUCCGGUGCCGUCGGUCCCUUCUCCAACGCCCCCAUCGACACCAUCAAGACCCGUCUGCAGAAGACCCGCGCAGAGCCUGGCCAGUCGGCCGUUGCACGUAUCAUGGUUAUCGCCAAGGACAUGUUCAAGCAGGAGGGUGCCCGUGCCUUCUAUAAGGGUAUCACCCCGCGUGUGAUGAGAGUUGCCCCCGGCCAGGCCGUCACUUUCACCGUGUACGAGUUCCUGAAGGGUAAGCUCGAGGCAUCCAACUGGGCGUUUGUCGGAGGAAGUUUCGAAGAGUAAAAAAAAAAAAUCAAAAAUCAAAAUCAAUAACCCCCCUCUGUGAGUUGAAAACAGGGCCGCUGUAACAUUCUGGAAAGCAUUUGAUACCAUGAGUAUGAGAAUGGUGGCGUUUCGAUUCCAGUGCGAGAGAUCUCUUUCUCACUGCAUUAUCCGUCUCUUUUUAUUUCUUAUUUAUUUUUUGUAUAUUGUCCUUUUGGUUUUGAGGGUUUGGUUUUUUCGGAAAAGCAUCAGAUCGGUCAAAUCCAUAGGGGAUGGAUUGUAUAUAGCUUAGCUUUGCCCUUGGUUUUUUUUUUUUUUUUUUUGGCUUUCGUUUCAUUUGCCUGGGAUAUACCGUAUAUAAUUCGGAUAGAGCACAAAUUCAGGCUUGAACUGUUU